AGGAGGGGUUGGAGAAGAAUGCUACAACCAUGAGCCAGAUCCCAACAUAUGUCACAGGAGUACCUAAUGGCACAGAAAAGGGACUCUACCUGGCAGUUGAUCUUGGGGGAACCAAUUUCCGAGUCUGUUCAAUUCAGCUCAAUGGGGACACGACAUUCAACCUUAUACAAUCAAAGGUAGCAAUACCAAAGGAGCUCAUGGUAGCAAAAACUGCCAAAGAGCUUUUCGCAUUUUUGGCGAAGCAGAUUGAGCUGUUUUUGAAGACCCACCACGAGGAUCGUUUUGCUGCGCAUAUUAGAAGACGCCAGACAGCUAGCACACCUGAAGGAUAUCGGGACGAACAUAUCUUCAGACUCGGCUUUACAUUCAGCUUCCCAAUUCACCAGAUUGGCAUCAACAGAGGCACACUGAUGAGGUGGACAAAGGGAUUUGAUAUUCCAGAUGCCGUUGGACAGGAUGUUUGUGCUCUUUUGCAAAAGGAGAUUGAUGCUCUCCACUUACCUGUUAGGGUUGCAGCUUUGGUGAACGACACAGUUGGGACUCUCAUGGCUCGUUCAUACACCUCACCAGGAAAGACUGGGACUCUCCUAGGUGCAAUUUUUGGAACAGGUACCAAUGGUGCCUAUGUUGAGAAGCUUUCUGCUGUUACCAAGUCCAUGGAAGGAGACUUUGACAAGUCGACUGGUGAAAUGGUCAUCAACACGGAAUGGGGUUCUUUUGACAACAACCUCAAAGUCUUACCUACUACACCAUACGAUGCUCAACUUGAUCGGGAUAGUGUCAACCCAGGCAUUCAAAUGUUCGAAAAGCGCAUUUCAGGAAUGUUCUUGGGUGAAAUCCUUCGAAUUGCCCUUACCACAAUGAUGAAGAAGCCCGAUGUCUCCCUCUUCGCCGACGCCAACUCCUCACACAACGAUUAUCGCUCCACGACUACCAUUGAUGAGACAUCGUGUCUCUUCACACAAUGGGCAGUCGACAGCAGCAUUCUCUCCAUUGCCGAAGCAGACAACAGUGUAGGUCUGCGAGCUCUGAGACAAGAGAUUGAGAAAUCUCUUGGGGUCUCAGCAGCAAGCAUUGAAGAUGCUCAAGCUGUCAAGGAAAUUGCACACGCAGUUGCUAAGCGUGCAGCUCGUCUCUCUGGUGCUGCCAUCGGCGCCAUUGUCAUUCACACCGGACGACUAAACCCUGGGGCAUCCGGUGUCCCUGGUCCGAAAUCUGCAGCAGCCAUCACAGAAGACAUCAAGAAUCUCAAGAUCAGCGAAGCCGUCUCUGCCACAGCAAACAAGCUCGCUGAUACAGCAGGUUUGGCCGUCAACGAAGACGAGAUCGUCGAUAUUGGUGUGGAUGGAAGCUUGGUCGAAUUCUACCCAGGCUUCGAAGACUACAUGCGUGAUGCCCUGCGGAUAUUGCCUGAGAUCGGAGCAGCAGGCGAGAGAAGAAUCCGAAUCGGCAUCGCGAAAGAUGGAUCUGGCGUCGGUGCAGCGCUCAUUGCGCUCGUGGCUGCAAAGAUGGAAGCCAAGCAAGAUUAUCUCGGCGACCUGAGAGCUAGAUUGGCUGAAGUGGGAGAGGAGGAGAACGAGAGCGCUACUUCAUAGAAGAGCGAGGAUAGAGCGUCUGUUUGAGUUACGAUACAUACCAGAGUGGAUGGAUGAGUCGCGAGUGAGAAGGAGAAUCUUGUACCGUGUCUUGUUGGGAGCAAACGCAAAUGGAGCACAUGUGUCUGCUGGGUUCUGGUCUGGUCUGGUAUAUUGUCUCGGGAGUUUCUCUUCAGAAAUUCUCCUCGACGUUUGGUUGGUUUUUCAUGCAUGCAUAGCAGGUUUAACUCCCCUUGAAUUGAACAAUCAAUCCCUUUCUUGCUUUCAGUAUUGCCAGGACCCAUUCUUACAUGCAUGGUACCUAUUUAAUCUGACUCCUAAAGUUGCCCAUCUCACGUUAAUGAAGGAGGCUUUGUUGCAAGUCGCGAAAUGAGCCCGUGUCGAGUUUCCGCUUUUGGAGGGGGUAGAGGGGAUGUGUAUGUGAAGGGUGGUGAGAUGAGGUGAGGCGAAGCGAG